GUGAGUGCGAGCGUAUGCAUCAGACAAAAAAAAAACAAGAAUCGAUUUUUAAUAAUCCUUAAAUUCAGAUAUAUUCAUGAUAAAAUAACAGUAGAUUUUUAAUGCCAGUGGCUUCUAUUAUUCUCCGCCUCCACGAAAAUCAUCGUCAGCCAGCCAGCCAAAAACCCGCCUGCCUACUUGCCUGCCUCCAACGCUGUCUCUCCUUCAACCCUCCCGCUCUCCUUCUCGUCCGGGAACCAUUUCCUUACGUACUUAGUCAGUUGCUCAAGUCUGUCUGCGCCCCGAGACCUGCAUGGGAGAUAGGCAGAACGAGAGAGCGAGAGAGAGCGCGCGUCUCGCUGCCUUCGGAGUCAUCCGUUCUGCCCCGCGAGGUGGGCUUUCCUACCCCCCCCAGCCAGUCAGUAGAUAAGCGGCAUUUUGUGGAACAGCGCAGAAGUUCAUGUGCGAACUGCACGACCGCAUAUCGUCCACCUCGGCAUCUACUACAGGAGGCCGGGGUCAGACGUAGCGCUGCAUAUGGGGGUUUGGCUGGGGGAGGUUCGGGUCUGCUACGCGAGAGCUUAUUUAAUAUUAUUCUUAUUACCUACAUGCAAAUCCUGCGAGUCACGAUGCAAAAGUCUCUGGAAUCAUCGCGACUGGAGGCGCGUUCGAGGUAAGCACCUCUUCCUCCUCCUCGUCCCAUCUGCCUCCCCCCCCCCCCCUACUUCCUCCUCUGCCCUUCUCGCUCUUGCUCCUCCUCCACCACCUCUUCUUCCUCUUAGAGGAGGAGGGGAGGGGGCCUUCUACCGACCUGCAGAAUGCGACCUCUGCGGCCGUGUUACUGGACUGGUGGACGAGCUAGCGGUUAUUACGCGAACAAGAUUCCCAUUUUCCCCUUUCCUAGACAUGUAUGUACCUACACACGAUAGGUAACUGUGUGUAUGCGAGUGAGCGAGUGUGAGUAAGUGGAAGUACGCGGGUGUGUGGGUGUGUGUAUAUGCGUGUGGUGUAGCGGAGGAGGACUUUUGACACCGCAUGAAAGGAAGGUCGCCAUCAUUGGUUGUCGUCCGUGAGGGCCCUACCGGGAAACGGGUGGGAGAGAUUACCGUCGAGGAGAAUACUACGUGGGCGAGCGUAGCUGCAGAUACCCGGAAGGCAUUCCACCUCUUUCAGAUGAACGUUGACCUCCCCUUUUUGCUGUCAUGUGGUUCUUACCAGCCAGCCCUGGUAGGCAUUACGUCCGAAGGUAAAAGGUUACCCUACAGAGUCAUCCUAUCCAGACGA